UGCCACCUUUGCCAGGGAAAUAUGAGAUCAUUGUUCUGUGAAUGUGGCACUAAGUUUCGGUUCAGCAGAUCCCAAUCCGCCACUCCAUUAUUGUUUGAAGUAAAUAAUUUAAUGAAAACAGCAUUGGCACAGUCACGAUAAAAGCGUUGAUAGAGAGUCAAGGACAGGGAGGUAAAUGAACGAAGAGAUGAAUGGUGGUGGGGUGGGGAAUGAAGAAGAAUACGCGCCAGAGAAAAUAGAUUAUGUGUUCAAAGUGGUGGUGAUCGGAGAUUCAGCAGUUGGGAAGUCUCAGAUUCUGUCGAGGUUUGCCAAGAAUGAGUUUUGCUUGGAUUCCAAGUCCACCAUUGGGGUUGAGUUCCAGACACGAACGGUUACCAUUAAGACCAAAGUCAUCAAAGCCCAGAUCUGGGACACAGCUGGGCAAGAAAGGUACCGAGCAGUAACAAGCGCAUACUAUAGAGGCGCAUUGGGGUCGAUGCUAGUGUACGACAUCAGCAAGCGGCAGAGCUUCGAUAGCCUGGCGAGAUGGGUGGAGGAGCUCCGGGCCAACGCCGAUAACUCCAUCGUCAUCAUGCUCGUCGGUAACAAGGCUGAUCUAGUGGACCAGAGGGCGGUUCCAACCGAAGACGCGGUUGAGUUCGCCAAGGAACAGGGACUGUUCUUUGCCGAGACAUCUGCGCUUAGCGGUGACAACGUGGAUAAGGCAUUUUUCAAGUUGCUGGAAGAAAUUUACGGUGCCAUGUGCAAAAAAUCUUUGGAAUCUGCCAACGGUGCUGAACAUCUCACGGCUUUAAAGGGAUCGAAGAUUGACGUGAUUGCCGGUUCUGAUUUUGAAACAAGUGAGAUGAAGAAAUUAUCUACAUGCUCUUGUUAAUUUUGUUUUUCAAUUCCCUCCUCAUUUUUGGGGAGCUUUCGUUAUAAAUUGCCGUGUCUUCUAUGAUAAGGUAAUUUUCUAGUUUGAUAAACUGUUCAAAAAUUUUAAUUAAUUAAAAUUAAUAUUUUU